UUAUACUUAUUUCUUGCAAUGCGUGAAGCUGGACCAGUUUGUUUGAAUCUUGUAUAAAUCAGCUGUUAUGAAUGACGACCUGAGAUAUUGGUUUGUGAGUGGAGGACGACCUGUCCCUCCUCUAAAGUAAGCAUCUAGGGCCGGGAUGAGGCUACAGGGAGGCCAGAGGCUCCAGUGAGUGCUAAGCUGUGGAGUAGCAAGCUCGGCUAAGGGGGGUAACACCUUCUAUAGAUAUAUAAUGGCCGGGGGGACACAGCAGUACACACAACAUUAUAAAAGUUGUCAACAUGACACGCGGAACAAGCUGGGGAGUCGGCUGAUUACCAUCAAGAAGAGUCCCUUUAGGGGAUUCUUCCAGAAGAUGGGAACUAAGCUAUCCUGCUCCUGUGGUCCCCUAAAGAUCAAGGGGUACAGGUUUGAUGACCCUUGGGCUACUAAUACAAGAUCUAAAAGGGACGGUCAUCUUCUUAGAUUAUGGGCUGAAGUUUUCCAUGUAACAACAGGAGGAUCAGGCUCCGUUAAAUGGCAGCAGGACGGAAGUAGAUCCAACUCAGCCUCCAGGAUGAGAGCAAAGGCUGCUUCAAGCCGGUCAACCCCUGUAUCUCCAUCCAGGGGUAGAGAACCACAGUGUACAUGCUCCCAUCCAGAACAAACUGGUCGAACCUCCAGACUACAGCAGGAGUCAAGGAGUAGAGGUGUGAGUAACUGCAAUAUCAACGGUAUAGCAGGCGGAAAUCCAGCAAAUGGAAGUGCACAAAAUGGCAGUAAGAGGAAACCAAUGAGCACAAGUACACCAAGUUCCCCAACACGUGACAGAAAAGUACAGUGCACGUGUAUGACCCCGGAACAGUUUGCGCAUUUACAUCGCUACCAGCACGCCAACAGCAAAUCUGAUCUUAGAUCGAGUUCGCGAGGAAGCAGGGAGGACUUAACAACUGCAACAGCUCCUCCACAACAACAAAAUCAUAAUUUUGAUCAUAAAGAAAAGCCAAGGCGAACUGAAGGAUUUGGAAGUGUUAGAGAUAAAAAUAUUACGCGGGAAGGAUUUAGAGAAAUCCCCGACACACGUGGACAUGUGUCACGUGGACAUAACGGUAGUUCCGGUACAUCCACCGGAAGUUUAAAGUCAAGACGGGAACUAACCAAGUCGGAGUAUAACAUCGAUACCAAGAUUCACGACAAGGUCGUUUCAAAGCAACAAAGAAGUAAAUCGAUUGAUCAACUGAACAGCAAUCAGGGGAAAAGCUGCCAUUUUGACUCCGGAACCUUGAAGAAAAUGUUAACCCCUGUAAACCCAUCGGAGUCUCCCUUGACCUCUCCGGAGGUCUCGAGGCGAGGUCGGAGCUCAAGAGGAGGAUCAUACGACUCCGACAGGGAUGGAGGGUUUAUGUCUGAGCCUGAUAUGCCGGGCCGGUCCUCUAUACAGAACAAGAAGAUUCGGCAACCUCAUGUUGGGUACAGGGAUAUUUUUUUCUAG